UAAUUUAUUUCUUGCUUGAGUUAUCCCUAUUUAAUUUCCAUUCACUUUUUAUUUUUAUUUUUUUUAUUCUAAGAUCGAUCAUCUUCAAUUCCCUAUAUUAGUAUAUUACUAGCAAUAUUGAUUGAACACUAGAUAAUGUGUAUGAAGUUGUAGCUAGCUAGCUAGCUUUCUAUUGUCUAAUACACCUUUGUCUGUGUUGUAAAUUAAGGUUCAAGAAGCAACAAGUAAUCACUCAUAAUACAUAUAUAUAAUGGCGGAUUGGGGUCCAGUGGUGAUAGCAGUGGUGCUGUUUGUGUUGCUUAGCCCUGGUCUUCUGUUUCAAUUGCCAGGGAGGAGCAGAGUGGUAGAGUUUGGGAACAUGCAAACCAGUGCAAUUUCUAUCUUGGUCCACACAAUCAUCUUCUUUGGUCUCAUUACCAUCUUUCUUAUUGCUAUUGGUGUGCAUAUCUACACUGGCUAGGCUUUAUUCUAUUCUCUUUUUGGUUAAAGGUUUAGUAAAUUUUUAUCUUGUUAUUCUUUUAAGGUUAGUUGAUUGUGGUUUCCCAUUUCUCAUGUCCUCAUCGAAUAAUAACUCUACUUCUCUUUAGUCUUUGAGAUUCCAAGAUUAGGACAACCUUGGUUAGUAUAGAGUCAUAGAAUGGAAUCACUGGCACUGCACACACUGAUAUCAUAUCACAUGGCUUGAUGUUUUAUGCUUUCAUGGUCGUUCUCUUCAAUCAAAUUAUUUACGUACUGACCAA